AGAGCGUGGAACUCUCUUUCUAAACCUCCAUGCGUUUGAUUUUUUUAACUCUUCUAAAAAAACAUCGCUAUUGGCCAAGAAACUUCUCUAACAUCAGGACAGCAUGGUCUUUUUCCUAAACACCGACAUCUGAGGUCGUAUGUUACUUUAUUUCGAUUGAGAAUCACCCAGAGCAGCGCGGUUCUCACGUGGCAUCUCCGGCGAUACGCGCCACGAGGGAUCCAGUACGCUUAAUAUAGUUUUUCUUUCUUCAUAUUCUCAGUUUUCUCGUUUAGAAGUACUAAGAUUUUGACAUGGUUGUAAAAACGGCAUCUUUAAUUUUGGAGGAUGGGACGGAGUUUAAAGGCCGUCUGUUUGGUGCAGUUACUUCAGUGUCUGGUGAAGUUGUUUUCCAGACAGGAAUGGUGGGUUAUCCAGAAGCUCUAACUGAUCCUUCUUACAAGUGCCAAAUUCUAACUCUGACAUACCCACUUAUUGGCAAUUAUGGUGUUCCGGAAGAUGAAGAUGGAGAGUUUGGACUCAGCAAGUGGUUUGAAUCUUCCCGAAUCCAUGCUGCUGCGCUCAUUGUUGGGGAGGUCUCUGAGAAUCCCAGUCACUGGAGCUCUGCCAAAUCUCUGGAUCAGUGGCUCAAAGAGCAGUGCAUCCCUGGACUGGAAGGAGUUGAUACUCGCCGCUUGACCAAAAAGAUCAGAGAAAAGGGAACCAUGCUGGGAAAACUUGUGGUGGAUGGAACUUCAGCCAGUAACAUUCCGUUUGAGAAUCCAGACAGCAGAAAUCUUGUUAAAGAAGUUUCUGUGAUGGAACCAAGAGUCUUUAAUCCAGAGGGUACUGUGCGAAUCACUGCUAUAGACUGUGGCAUCAAGUACAACCAGAUCCGCUGUCUGUGCCAGAGAGGGGCCAGAGUCACUGUGGUCCCCUGGGAUUAUCCCCUGGAUUGCAAUGAGUUUGAUGGACUAUUCAUCAGUAAUGGCCCUGGCAAUCCUGAGUACUGCAAGGAGACCAUAGAGAAUAUUCAGAUGGUGGUAUGUGUGGAGAAUCCCAAACCUGUCUUUGGAAUUUGCCUGGGACAUCAGCUGCUGUCUCUGGUCAUUGGUGCAAAGACAUACAAAAUGAAGUAUGGUAACCGUGGUCAUAACCAGCCAUGCGUUCAUAAAGGAACCAAUCGCUGUUUCAUCACCUCUCAGAAUCAUGGAUUUGCUGUGGAUCAUCAAACUCUCCCAAAAGACUGGGAUGUGCUCUUCACCAAUGCCAAUGACCAAACCAGCGAGGGCAUCGUGCAUAAUCACAAACCACUAUUCAGUGUCCAGUUCCAUCCUGAGCAUAUGGCUGGCCCCACAGACCUCGUCAGUCUCUUUGAUGUCUUUUUGGACACUGUUAGAGAUGUUAAAGAGGGCAAAGCUGGAAAAUCAGUUAAGCAAAGACUGACUGAGCAUCUCACUUUUCCUGGGUCUCCCAAGCCAGAAGAGUUUGUAAGGCCUCGUAAAGUUCUAGUUCUAGGUUCUGGAGGGCUCUCUAUUGGACAGGCUGGAGAAUUUGAUUAUUCUGGAUCUCAGGCAAUAAAGGCCCUUAAAGAAGAGAACAUUCAAACCGUUCUCAUCAACCCAAACAUUGCCACAGUGCAAACGUCAAAGGGUCUGGCAGAUAAAGUCUACUUCCUCCCGAUCACACCAGAGUAUGUCACACAGGUGAUCAAGAACGAGCGUCCAGAUGGGGUCUUGCUCACAUUUGGAGGUCAGACGGCCCUGAACUGUGGUGUGGAGCUCACUAAACAGGGAGUGCUGGAAAAGUACAAAGUGCGUGUGCUUGGGACCCCUGUGGCCUCCAUAGAGAUGACUGAAGACCGUAAGAUCUUUGUGGAGAAGAUGGAGGAAAUCAAUGAGCACGUUGCCCCCAGUGAGGCUGCGGUGUCUGUAGAACAGGCAGUGGCUGCAGCUGAAAGACUUGGCUAUCCCGUGCUGGUCCGUUCUGCUUUUGCACUGGGUGGACUGGGUUCAGGCUUUGCCAACAAUAGAGAGGAUAUGGUUACAUUGGUCACCCAGGCCUUUGCACACACAUCACAAGUCUUGGUUGAUAAAUCACUUAAGGGUUGGAAGGAAAUAGAGUAUGAAGUGGUGCGGGACGCCUAUGACAACUGUGUUACGGUUUGUAACAUGGAGAAUAUAGAUCCUCUCGGAAUCCACACUGGGGAGUCUAUAGUGGUAGCCCCUAGCCAGACACUGAAUGACUAUGAAUACAAUAUGUUGAGAAACACUGCCAUCAAAGUUAUUCGCCAUUUGGGCAUUGUUGGAGAGUGCAACAUUCAAUAUGCACUGAAUCCAGAGUCUGAGCAGUACUACAUCAUAGAAGUGAAUGCCCGGCUCUCACGCAGCUCUGCAUUGGCCAGCAAGGCCACAGGUUACCCACUAGCCUAUGUGGCAGCCAAACUCGGCUUGGGAAUCCCUCUGCCUGUCCUCAAGAAUUCUGUGACCAAUUCCACAACAGCCAACUUUGAGCCCAGUCUGGAUUAUUGUGUGGUGAAAGUUCCACGUUGGGAUUUGAGCAAGUUCCUCCGAGUGAGCACUAAAAUCGGCAGUUCCAUGAAAAGUGUUGGUGAAGUAAUGGCCAUUGGUCGCAGCUUCGAAGAGGCCUUCCAGAAAGCUUUAAGAAUGGUGGAUGAGAACUGUGUAGGUUUUGACCAUACCAUCAAACCAGCAUCUGAGGAGGAAUUACAGACUCCCACAGACAAGCGCAUCUUUGUUCUGGCAGCUGCCCUGCAUGCUGGCUACACAGUCGAGCUGCUUUAUGAGCUGACCAAAAUAGACCACUGGUUUCUGCACAAGAUGAAGAACAUCACAGACCAUGAGAAACUUCUGGAGAUGUAUAAUCUGGACGAGAGUGCCAUGCCACCUGAGGUGAUGAGGAAAGCCAAGCAGCUGGGCUUCUCUGACAAACAGAUUGCCCAAGCUGUGCAAAGCACUGAGCUGGCUGUAAGGAAGUUAAGACGUGAUUGGAAGAUCCUUCCUGUGGUCAAACAGAUUGACACAGUGGCUGCGGAGUGGCCCGCUUGCACAAACUACCUGUAUCUGACCUAUAACGGCUCAGAAAACGAUGUAGUCUUUGAGCAGCCACAUGUCAUGGUUAUCGGCUCUGGGGUUUACCGCAUUGGAAGUAGUGUGGAGUUUGAUUGGUGUGCUGUUGGAUGUAUUAUGGAGCUGAGAAAGAUGGGAUUUAAAACCAUUAUGGUGAACUAUAACCCAGAAACUGUCAGCACUGAUUAUGACAUGUGCGAUAGACUCUACUUUGAUGAAAUCUCCUUUGAGGUUGUGAUGGACAUUUGUGAGAUGGAGAAUCCAGAGGGAGUGAUUCUGUCCAUGGGUGGACAGCUGCCCAACAACAUCGCCAUGUCCCUUCAUCGUCAACAGUGUAGAAUUCUGGGAACCUCGCCUGAGUACAUUGACUCUGCUGAGAACCGCUUCAAAUUCUCCAGAAUGCUGGACACCAUUGGAAUCAGCCAGCCCAGAUGGAAAGAGCUGUCUGAUACUGAGUCUGCCAUAGGUUUCUGUGAGACAGUGGGUUAUCCCUGCCUGGUGAGGCCAUCGUAUGUUCUCAGUGGAGUUGCUAUGAAUGUUGCCUACUCUGACAGUGACCUGGAGAAGUUCUUGAGCAGUGCUGUGGCCGUGUCUAAGGAAUAUCCUGUUGUUAUUUCCAAAUUCAUUCAGGAGGCAAAGGAGAUAGAUGUGGACGCCGUGGCCUGUGAUGGAAUAGUCAUCGCCAUAGCUGUUUCAGAGCAUGUGGAGAACGCAGGGGUGCAUUCUGGAGAUGCCACUUUGGUGACCCCUCCUCAGGACAUCAACCAGAAGACCAUGGAGCGCAUCAAGAUGAUUGUCCACGCGAUCGGUCAAGAGCUUCAGGUUACAGGCCCCUUCAACCUGCAGCUCAUCGCCAAGGAUGACCAGCUGAAGGUAAUCGAAUGCAACGUACGUGUCUCGCGCUCCUUCCCUUUUGUGUCCAAAACACUUGGUGUCGAUCUUGUUGCCCUCGCGACAAGAGUCAUAAUGGGAGAGGAAGUUGAGCCUGUUGGGUUGAUGAAGGGAACUGGAAUUGUUGGAGUUAAGGUUCCUCAGUUCUCCUUCUCACGCCUGGCUGGAGCAGAUGUUGUUCUAGGUGUUGAGAUGACCAGUACUGGAGAGGUGGCCUGCUUUGGGGAGAACAGAUAUGAAGCCUAUCUAAAGGCCAUGCUCAGCACUGGCUUCAAAAUCCCUAAUGAGAAUAUUCUCCUCUCCAUUGGUGCCUACAAGAAUAAGACUGAGCUUCUGUCCACUGUUCAGACUUUGGAGAGUUUGGGUUAUAACUUGUAUGCCAGUCUUGGAACUGCUGACUUCUAUACUGAACAUGGAGUCAAGGUGAUGGCAGUGGACUGGCCAUUUGAAGAGGAGACUGAUUGUCCUAAUAAAGACAAACAAAGAAACAUCAUGGACUAUCUGGAAGAAAACCACUUUGACUUGGUCAUCAAUCUGUCCAUGAGGAAUUCUGGUGGAAGACGCCUGUCCUCCUUUAUGACCAAAGGUUACCGUACACGCCGAAUGGCCAUCGACUUCUCUGUGCCACUCAUCACUGAUAUUAAAUGCACCAAGCUUUUUGUUCAGGCACUGAGGCAGAUUGGUCAGGCUCCUCGUGUAAAGACACAUGUUGAUAGCAUGACCUCACAGAAACUCAUCCGUUUGCCUGGUCUGAUUGAUGUUCAUGUGCACCUUCGUGAACCCGGUGCCACCCAUAAAGAGGACUUCUCCUCGGGCACAGCUGCCGCCCUGGCUGGAGGAAUCACCAUGGUGUGUGUCAUGCCCAACACCAACCCUGCCAUCAUUGACCCCAACUCCCUCGCAAUGGCUCAGAAGCUUGCCAAGGCUGGGUGCCGCUGUGAUUAUGCUCUCUUUGUGGGAGCAUCAUCUGAAAACGCCACUCGUCUUCCAUCCAUUGCAAGCUCUACAGCUGGCCUGAAGAUGUACUUAAAUGAAACCUUCUCCACUUUAAAAAUGGACAAUGUUUCUCAAUGGAUGGAGCACUUUGAAAAGUGGCCAAAGCACCUGCCCAUUGUGGCACAUGCGGAGAAACAGACUGUGGCUGCGAUCUUGAUGGUGGCACAACUGUAUAAGAGAUCUGUUCACAUCUGCCAUGUUGCCAAGAAAGAAGAGAUUCUGAUCAUCCGAGCUGCUAAACAACAAGGGAUCCAGGUGACAUGUGAAGUGGCUCCUCACCAUCUCUUCCUGUGUGAAGAUAAUGUGCCCACCCUUGGGGAAGGCAAGGCACAAGUACGGCCCAUGCUGGGUACACGCGAGGACAUGGAGGCAUUGUGGGAGAAUCUAGAUAUCAUUGACUGUUUUGCUACAGACCAUGCUCCUCAUUCAUUAGAGGAGAAGAACUCUGAGAAACCACCUCCAGGUUAUCCAGGCCUGGAGACCAUGCUACCUCUGCUGCUCACAGCAGUCAGCGAUGGACGCUUAACCAUUGAUGACAUCAUCAAACGACUCUACGAGAACCCCAGUAGAAUAUUCUCUCUUCCUCCUCAAGAGGACACUUAUGUGGAGGUGGAUUUGGAGCAAGAAUGGACAAUUCCAACACGCAUGCAGUUCACCAAGUCAAAGUGGACUCCUUUUGAGGGCAUGAAAGUGAAGGGAAAAGUCAUGAGGGUGGUGUUGAGAGGAGAAGUUGCAUACAUUGAUGGGCAGGUGUUUGUACCUCCAGGUUAUGGUCAAGAUGUGAAGUCCUGGUCAGUGGCCCCUGCAGGAUCCACUGAGGCAUUAAAGGAUGCUUCUAAGCAUUUUGGUGAGGCACAGACUCCUGAGAGCCUCCGUCAGGCAGCAUCUGCUGAUUUGGUCCGUAGCCGCGCCCCGAGCCCACGCCGGUCAGCUGGGGAUGGACGCUUCAUUCUCCCACCUCGUAUCCACCACUCGUCUGAUCCUGGUCUACCUCCAGAAUUGGCUCACCCAGUGGAGGCAUAUACGUACCCUCCUCCACUGGCCAGGAUCCUGUCACCUCAGGCUGGACAGAUCAUGCCCCAUCCCCAGACCUCCCCACUGCUGCACCCACUGGUGGGCCAGCAUGUACUGUCCGUUCGGCAGUUCAGCAAAGAACAGAUGUCUCACCUGUUCAAUGUGGCACAUAAUCUUCGUCUCAAUGUGCAGAAAGAAAGACCCUUAGACAUUUUAAAGGGUAAAGUCAUGGCAUCCAUGUUCUAUGAGGUGAGCACUCGCACCAGUAGCUCAUUCACUGCAGCCAUGCAGCGUCUGGGAGGCACAGUGGUGCAUUUCAGCGAGUCUACGUCCUCCACACAGAAGGGGGAGUCUUUGGCUGACUCUGUUCACACCAUGAGUGGCUACUCUGAUGUCAUAGUUCUGCGCCACCCUACACCUGGAGCUGUAGAGAGUGCAGCGAGGCAUUGUCGGCGACCUGUAAUCAAUGCUGGAGAUGGAGUUGGAGAACAUCCCACUCAGGCUCUUCUGGACAUAUUUACCAUCCGAGAGGAACUGGGAACAGUCAACGGCAUGACUAUUACCAUGGUAGGCGAUCUGAAACAUGGCCGCACUGUGCAUUCUUUGGCCAGACUACUCACUCAGUACAGGAUAACUUUGCGCUUCGUGGCCCCAAAGAACCUCAGCAUGCCUGCCGAAAUCAUUGACUUUGUGGCCUCCAAAGGGAUAAAACAGGAAGAGUUUAACAGCAUUGAAGAGGCCCUCCCAGACACUGACGUCCUGUAUAUGACGAGGAUACAGAAAGAACGAUUUGCCUCUGAAGAAGAGUACAAAGCAUGUUUUGGCGAGUUCAUCCUAACCCCCCAUAUCAUGAGGGGAGCCAAAAGGAAGAUGGUGGUUAUGCAUCCUCUGCCUAGAGUCAAUGAGAUCAGUGCUGAGGUGGACACGGAUCCUCGAGCUGCUUAUUUCCGGCAGGCAGAGAAUGGGAUGUAUAUUCGGAUGGCACUGCUGGCCACUGUGCUGGGAAGAUGAGGUCACCCACGACAGUUCAGUUUUUGGGCAUUUUUGCCUGGAAACACUAGUUGAAUAGUUUGUUCUGUGUACUCUCUCUAUAAAGUUCGAGCAAGUAUGAUUUUGGAUGCAGUAUCCAUUGACUAAAGUCAUGCAGAUUUACCACAGCAACCACAAUGGGGUGUGGAUAAAUCUGUUUUUGGGUUCAUCUCAAAAUACCUGAAUCUGUACUGCAUUAAUGCAACGCUAGAAUAGUAGGCCUUUCACAGAGGUUCUGCUCACAAUACAGUUUUGGUCUAGAAGACUUUAGCAUCAACUGUUUUACUACCACUUAUCUCAUUCAUUGUUCUCCUUGAUGUAAUCUGUUGUGCAUUUAAAAAAUGCAGCUGUCUUCAAAUACAAUUUUUGCAAUGUGCAUUUUGACAUUCCAGAGAUUCACUUUUUAUAACACUUAGGGUCUUUGUGCACUGCAAAUAGAAAUGGUAGGGAGAUUAUUCUUCAUUACUUAUUAACAUUUGUGAACUUGACCAAAUGUAUUGUGACUGCAACUGCUUUUGUAAUGAAAUGUAUUUUGAGACAAUAAACAUUUUGUAAUCGG